CGGCCAGAUCCACGUAGACGUUAUCUCCACGAUCGCGCCGCCGUGCGAGAGCAUCUCUCGAGAUCCUUCAUUUUGUCAGCCGGGGAAUUCCCAACUCUGCAUUCUCGCUCUCCUCAAGCGUCGUCCAAUCGACUUCAUAUCCAGCCAGCCAGUUGAUCUGACCCUAGUGCGUACGAUUUCGACUCGAAACGUCGUACUGAGACGUGCAAACGCUGCGUAGCGGUGCGAAUAGUCGCAACAUGACGACCCUCAUCCGGGCUACGUACGCCUUCCAAGGAGGACCUGGAGAAAACUUUGUGUCUUUCGAUGCCGGCGAUCUGUUCACUCUAGUUAGUAAGGAUGCGGAUGGGUGGUGGCGAGUGAAACGGAAUGACAGAGAAAUGUAUGUGCCGGCCAGUUACAUGGAAGUUGUUGAAAAGCAGGAAGAGGAUGUUGCCUCCGAGGUUGCGGACGUAGAAAUUCCAGCUGCUCCUAAUGGGGUGUCUCAACGAUUGGACCUGUCUCUUACCUUGCAACUUCCGCCUCCACCGCAAGAUCUCCUUGACACUCCGGUUACUCCAAAUCCAGCUUAUUCUCCUCUACCUCCGCCUCCUGAUGAUGUGAUAAUUGAGAAGGAGCUGACAGUCACUGAUGGUUGGGUUGAACUUCUGUCUGAGGACGGAGAGAUCUACUACUACAAUGAAUCUACGCAACAGACACAGUGGGAAAAACCAAACCAGGAUGUUGGCACAGUACAAGCCAAACCAAAACUAUACAAGAAAGGUUGGCAAGUCAAAGUAGGAGAUAACGGGGCGGAGAUCUACUUGCACCCACAAACCAGUGAGAAGUGGAUGGCGUGUGCAGAUAGCAACGGAAAAACAUACUACUACAGUCUUACAGACGCUGGUAAGACUGCCUGGUCGUUACCUGAGGUAAAACCUGUACCGAGUCCACGGACGAGGCUGAGGCAACGAGCAGCUUCUGACGGUUUACUGUUGUCACCCAUUGACACCUCUCCAAAAUCAAACAAAAUGUCAUCUGAUUUUACGAAGACGGUACCUGCAUCAUCAUCAUCUUCUGUUGGUGCACCACCUGCUACUGCUACUCGUUCUGUGAAGAGACGAGCCCCAGAUCCACCAGGCAUGCGUUCUGCUUCUGUCUCUCAAUCGCCGGCUGAAGAAGAUUCACAAACAAAGUCAAACUCUUUGCGAAGAAACACGUACAGUCCUGGCCACAGGCGUCAGUUGUCAGCUCCUAUAGAGCAUCUGAGCGUGGGUGGCGGUGCAAAAAGACUGUCACAAGACAGUGAUCCAUUUUUAUCUCCUUCAGAGCCUGGCUUAUUGCCACCAUCUAGUUCUAGUUUGUCGUCUGUAACAGAUGGUAAAUCGGAUGAAUUAUCAAAACACAAAGAAUUUUUGGGGAUGUCAGGGAAUUUGCAGAGAAAGAAGUUGGCUGACUCUCAUGGAAAGAAGUGUAGUCAAAGAAAUUGGACGCAGCACUUUGUUGUACUGAAUGGCGUACAUCUUAUGUUCUAUAAAGACAAGAAGCAAGCAAAAGAACAGAAAAGUGGUUCAAAGCUAAGUCUUCCAUCAAAUUUCUGUCUUCAACGCAUUCAGUUAGUCAUUCCAGACUACGCGAAGCGGAAGAAUGUCAUGCAGUUGAUAUCACCAACCGGAGAACAGAUGUAUCUUCAAGCAGAGAGCAGUACAAUCCUUGUUGAUUGGAUGACAGCCAUCAAUGAGGCAAUAGUGCUUGCAAGUUCUAUGCCACCGCUGCUCAACAAUCGAAAGUCGUCUGUUGUCGCUGGCACGGCGGACGAUGAAAUGUUCUUGGAUGACCUAAUGGAUGGUCCAGAAAGGAAAGGACGUGUUAAAGUGAAGCUGAAGAGUUUCUUGGCACGGCGGCCUACGUAUGAGGAGAUGAAGAAAAAGGGAUUAAUUAAAGAACAAGUAUUUGGUAGUCACAUCGUUCAUCUGGCAGAGCGGGAAAAGACUGUUGUUCCGUCGUUCGUUCGUCUCUGCAUUGAUGCAAUAGAUCAACGAGGUCUGGAGACUGUUGGGAUUUACAGAGUUCCCGGGAAUGCAUCACAAAUACAAAGGCUACGCUACAAAAUUGAUCGAGAGGAGACUAUAAAUCUCAAUGAUCGAAAGCAGUGGGACGAUAUCAAUGUUGUUGCCGGAUCACUGAAGUUGUUCUUUCGGGAACUUGCGGAACCUCUUGUUCCAUUUGCCCAGUAUGGUCCAUUCGUAGAGUAUCUACGAAAUCCUGACCGUGCUACGAAAAUUGCGGCAUUUCGUAAAGAAAUAUUGAAGAUGCAUCAAGCUAAUAGAGAGACACUGAGAGUAUUAUUGGAGCACUUGACAAGAGUGGUGGCGAAGGGCAGCGUAAACAAGAUGCAGUCGCAGAACGUUGCCAUUGUGUUUGGUCCAACGCUUCUUCGGCCUGAGGUGGAGUCAGGCAACAUGGCGGCGAACAUGGCGUACCAGAAUGCGAUCGUAGACUUUUUCCUAAAAGAGUGCAAUGAAUUGUUUGCGAAGUAAACGGCCGCUUGGGUAAAACAUUUUCUGUGGUGGCUGUGAUAAUGUCGUUCGUUCUCUUGGUAAGACUCAACUGUGCAGGGUUUGUAAUCUGUCGGAAGACUAAUUUAUUUUAUCAAUGUAAUAUAACAAUAACGUUUGGGUUUGCUGCUUA